CAAAGAGCCAACUUGAUGAUUAUCAUUGUCUGCAGUGUUGUCUCGGCACAAUUGCGCUCGGCCAACCAAUAGCAUCCCUGGAACUGAACAAUCUCACCGUGCUCUGCAACUGACACAGCUCCCAAGCAGCGGUUCCUGCGCCCCAGGGAACGAACGGACGGACUACGGACUCCUGUCCCAGAGCGAAUCAACAUGUCGUCAGGAUUUGUAUCCGCCGGGACGGAUCAACAGCCCGUCGAACGCGACGAUGAAUGGGUACGCGUGCAGCACGAGCUCGAGGAGGAGCGCCGGCGCAAGGCAGAGCUGGGGAAGCAGGAGGAUGGGAAAAGCCUGUACGACGUUCUCCAGCAGAACAAAAUGGCCAAGCAGGAAGCUUUCGAGGAGAAGAUCAAGUUAAAGAACCAAUUCCGCUCGCUGGACGAAGAUGAGGUCGAUUUCCUCGAUUCCAUCAUGGAAUCAACCCGCGCCAAGGAGGCCGCCGUCAAGAAGGAGACUGCCGAGCAGCUGGAGGUUUUCCGUCGACAGAGGGAAGAGGCAGAGAAAGUCCUGCUGGAGGAUACGUCGGCUGAUGUGGCCCCCGUGGCCGAGGGGGAGGACUGGAAGAUCCCUGCGCGCAAGCGACGGCGUGAGAAGACCAAGGACCUGUUGAUACCUGGAAAGAAGCGCAAGUCCUUGGGCGGCGAUGCUGCUGGGAGCCCCACGGAUGAGCAGAAACCGGAUGCGGAGUCUGGGAAAACUGGCAACAAUGUCCAACAGGAUAAAUCGCGGUCGGUUGUGAAGAAGCCGGAGGCAUUGAAGGCGUCUGUAAUUUCACCAGCUACGAGUGGUCCGGUAAAAGAGACGAAACCCCAAAGCCAACCUGCACCGAAGCCAGCAGCAAAACCAUCGUUAUCUCUUGGUUUAGGUGACUAUGGCUCGGAUUCUGAAUGAUUUUCAGGAGAUACAGAAAUAUAGUGGACAUACUACACAGUGUGUGUACUACCACCUGCAUUUUUGGGACAAUUAUGCAGUAUCAGCAGGAUGCUGAAUGACGAUAACAAGACUGCCUGAUCUCAGGGCUCGAGCUUACAAUAGCUGACAUGACGAGAACCCUUGGUCACUGGACAUGACGCGUGUAGCUUUCUCGUGGGUUAGAAAAGCAGAGAACAUUGGUCCGCAACUGUCGAUCUGCGGUCCAGCUUGGAACAUUCUUGAUGUAUCAAACAAUCUUUGGUAUCUAAAGACAAUCUUC